AUCUCGAUGGUAUCGCAUAAAAGUUUGAUAAGUACCGUGCCUUGAGGCAGCUGCAAAGAGUGUGAUCGUGUUUUGCGCACGGGAGGGAGAGAAGGCGCUUCUCGAAGUGUUCGCCGUUGAUGUAUUGCCUUUGUCAAGCAUCGACAGGUCUCACGGUCAGUAAAUAUCCCAGCCGGCAAGGUCAAGGUCAAUGUCAAAGAUUGGUCGGGCGACAGUCACUAAGAAGGCACGGCAUGACUUUGAGAUUGUUUUGGCCACAAGGAGGUUGUCUCAUGGUCAAAGAGCAUGGACGCUAUUGACUGCGGAGACUCCGACCGUUGACAUGUGGAGGUGUUCAGCACAGCUCCACAUUUUCGAGUCCACCCCGAGACGUUUCACCCCGAGCUAUUCCCGCAGCAAGUCAGCAAUAGAAAGGCAGAUUCAUCUCACGUUUGUAGCUGAAGCUAGCAAAAGAAGAGGGAAAUGGUCAAAGAGAGGCUUUCCAUUGAAUUGGCGUCUUGAAAAAGCAGCCGAAUUUGGCAAUUAGCCAGGAAAGAAUGAAGUCCUUCUCGUUCCUGAACAUCAUAAUCGUAAAAGGUAUAUGUUGAGCGAAAG